CCUGCUCUCUGUCCUUCCCUAACUCCCAGACAGGAGUUUCUCCAUGCUUUAGUCUGCACAUUAGGAACAAGGGGUGAUCGAUUGAAGCUCUCCGACCUGUUGAGGGAUUGGGGGUUCUUGUAAGGCCCUCUAGGGCCUGGCUCUGACAAAGCAUCUGCAAUUAAUGAUGCUGCUUGAGCUCUGGAGACAGGAUUUAUGCAUCUAAUAAAGUCUAUAACUCCAGGCUUCAGGAUGGGGUGGGAGGCUGAGAGCAGGAAGUCCCAAGGGGGCCAUGGGAGGGGAUCCCAGGCGGCUCUUAAUGGAGCCAUGUAUUUCCAUUGCCUGUCUAGAUUCUCCCUCAGGCAGGGGGUGGGGGGAGAAUCAGGGGGACAGCAGGUAUAAGAGGCUGGUGUGGCUGGAGGGAGGUGGGUGGCAGCAUGGAUUCCAGGCGGGUGGCUGUGCUGCUGCUGCUGCUAUUGCCAUUACUGGACUGGGGCCACACUGCAGGACCAGAAAGCCAGGACCAAGAAGCCCAGGGCUUCAUGGAAGACAAUGGACCCCACCCACAGCAACAUGCCCAGACCUCUGCGUCCCUCUUACGCUCCCUACUUCAAGCCAUGGAGAGAUCUGGCCGGAGUCCAGCCUUCCUGUUUCAGCCCCAAAGGUUUGGCAGAAACGCCCAGGGGCCCUGGAGCAAUGAGAGGCUGAGUCCCCGGGCUGGAGAGUUCUGGAGCCUGGUUACCCCUCAGCGCUUUGGGAAGAAGUAACAGCAUCAUCCCUUGUUGUGUCUGCAUGCAAGGUCCAUACCCCACAGGACCAAGUGUCUCCCCCAAAUAAAAUGGUCUGGCUUCUG